AUGUUACCACGAACUUACAUCUUACUGGCAUGCAUUGAUCGAUAUAUGUCAAGUUCGACGAAUGUUCAACGAAGAAAUUUUUCAACGAAAAAAACGGCUAAACGACUCAUCCCUCUAACGGCUUUGUUCUGGGCCGUUGUCGGUGUACAUAAUCUCAUAUGGUAUGAUAUUCAGACGACCAAUGGAUCUCGAAUUUGUUUUAAUGCCCCUGGUACAUAUGCUCUGUUUCUUAGUUUCUAUUCGGUCAUUGUCAACGGUCUGUCAAUGCCAAUUCUUAUGGCACUCUUCGGUUUUCUGUUACUAAGAAAUUUGAAAAAUAAUCGCCGACAGGUCCAGCCAAUGCGCAUGACUAUAACUCGUUCGAAACAACAAAAAGAUUAUCAACUAUUAAAAAUGCUUCUAUUUCAAAUUCUCGUCAAUGUCAUUUUAAGUUUACCAACCACCAUCUAUCUAUUUUACAAUGGUCUUAGUCAAUAUGUUGCUAAAAGCUCAUUUCGCUUGUUUAUUGAAAAUUAUAUUUAUAAUCUCACGACACUUUUACAGUACACAAAUGGAGCUAUUGCAUUUUAUAUUUACACUCUGACGGCACGAACUUUUCGAACUGAACUAAAACGAUUCUUAGUCAAACAUUGUACUGAUUUACAGACAAAAUUAACCACUCAACAGACAUUAACAGCCAGUGAAACUGUCACUAGACAACAACAACAACCACAAACAAGGAGAACUAAUGGAGGAACAGCAAUAACUUCUUUUUGA